UACGAUAAAAAAAAAUAAUCUGUAUUAAGUGACACCGUCUGUGUGGCCUGGAGUUGAGACAUGACUCAGACACCGUUAGUUCCUGAGUGAAGACUGGAGAAGACAAGCUGAAUUAGGGUUAGGUUUCAGACGUUAUCCACCCCCAACGAUGUCUUCCGCCCUUGAAAUAGAAGCUCGAGAUGUUAUUAAGAUCGUUCUUCAGUUCUGCAAAGAAAACUCUUUACAUCAAACUUUCCAAACUUUACAAAAUGAGUGCCAAGUUUCUCUCAACACAGUGGAUAGUCUAGAAACUUUUAUUGCUGAUAUUAAUGGUGGGAGAUGGGAUGCAGUAUUGCCUCAAGUCUCACAGCUGAAGCUUCCCAGAAAGAUACUGGAAGAUUUGUAUGAACUGAUUGUUUUAGAAAUGAUAGAACUCAGGGAAGUAGAUACUGCCCGCUCUAUUUUGAGGCAGACUCAGGUGAUGGGUGUCAUGAAGCAGGAGCAACCAGAAAGAUACCUACGACUUGAGCAUCUACUAGUUCGAACUUACUUUGAUCCACAUGAGGCUUAUCAAGAUUCAACAAAAGAAAAAAGGCGUGCACAAAUAGCCCAAGCUCUUGCCACAGAGGUAUCAGUGGUCCCUCCAUCACGAUUGAUGGCUUUGAUUGGUCAGGCUUUGAAGUGGCAGCAGCAUCAAGGAUUACUCCCACCUGGAACACAAUUUGAUCUGUUCCGGGGUACAGCUGCUAUGAAACAAGAUGAAGAGGAUAUGUAUCCCACAACUCUUGGACACACUAUUAAGUUUGGAAAGAAAAGCCACCCGGAAUGUGCUAGGUUCUCCCCAGAUGGGCAAUUCCUUGUCUCCUGCUCUGUUGAUGGAUUUAUCGAGGUAUGGGACCACAUAAGUGGAAAAUUAAAGAAGGAUCUUCAGUAUCAGGCUGAUGAAACAUUUAUGAUGCAUGAUGAUGCUGUUCUUUGUGUUGAUUUUAGCAGAGAUUCCGAGAUGCUUGCAUCUGGAUCUCAAGAUGGAAAAAUAAAGGUAUGGCGAAUAAGGACUGGUCAGUGCUUGCGUCGUCUUGAACGAGCACAUUCUCAGGGCGUUACUAGUCUUGUCUUCUCUAGAGAUGGAAGUCAGAUUUUGAGCACGUCAUUUGACAGUACUGCCAGAGUCCAUGGCCUGAAGUCUGGGAAAUUACUAAAAGAAUUUCGUGGCCAUACGUCUUAUGUAAAUGAUGCUAUUUUUACUCAUGAUGGAUCUCGAGUCAUCACAGCAUCUAGUGAUUGCACAGUGAAGGUUUGGGAUUUGAAGACAACUGACUGUCUACAGACGUUUAAACCACCACCUCCUUUGAGGGGAGGCGAUGCAUCUGUAAAUUCUGUUCAUCUUUGUCCCAAGAAUACAGAUCAUAUAUUUGUGUGUAACAAAACCUCAUCCAUAUACUUGAUGACACUUCAAGGGCAGGUUGUCAGAAGUUUUUCCUCUGGUAAGAGAGAAGGUGGUGAUUUUGUGGCAGCCUGUGUAUCAACUAAAGGAGAAUGGAUAUACUGUGUUGGUGAAGACAGAAAUCUGUACUGCUUUAGCUAUCAAUCUGGGAAGCUGGAACAUUUGAUGAAGGUGCAUGAGAAAGAUGUGAUCGGUAUUACUCACCAUCCUCAUAUAAAUCUUGUUGCCACAUAUGGUGAAGACUGCACAAUGAAAUUAUGGAAGCCAUAGGCCCUUACCUGUUCGUUGCCUUGAAGAUUCUGGAAUAGAUUUAUGAUAGUUCCACCAUUUUUCUUCUCAACAACCCAUAUUUAAUUUUUGUACUAUCAAAUGUACUUGUUCGAGACUCCGAGUAUAUGCAACCAGAACUCUAGUCAAAUCAAUGUAAUGGGUAUUGGAUAUGACAUCUGUAAAUUUGUUCGAUUUAUAUUGUGUUACUAUUCAAAUUCCGUGUACUUGCUGUGGCUUGCAGUUGCAGGAUCAAACCUAAAUUUUUU